ACCUCUCUCAAACAUCUCUCCAUCACCCAUCAUUCCAAUCCUCUUUUCAGACCCAAAAUGACACCUACGCCGGACUGGGUCAAGCAAUUGAAGCCUUCGGGCGUCCAAGGCCACGAGUUGCUCAAGGCAGAGCGCGCAAACUCCGCUGUGCCUGUACACGCGCUGCAGGAGCUCCUCCAUACCAAAGAUGUCAUUGUCAUGAAGCAAAAGCUUCUCGACAUCCUCAAGGCUGAAAAGGUCUUUGACAAGUCCCAGAACUACUUCAUGGGCAGGACAGACCGUUUCGAGAGGGCGCUUGCAAGAGAGAAGAGACUGAGAAUCUUGAAGAAGCAGCACAACUGGUCCUUGGAGGAGUUCCGAACGGCUGCAGAUCUCAUUGGCGAGCCUGGUCCAUACGGCCUCCAUGAUUCCAUGUUCAAAGUCACUCUUGAAGGCCAAGCCACGCCCGAGCAACAAGAAAAGUGGCUCACGCAGGCCAACGACUACAAGAUCAUCGGUUGCUAUGCUCAGACCGAGCUUGGCCACGGCUCCAACGUCCGUGGACUCGAAACCACCGCUACUUGGAAUGCUGAGGAUAAAACCUUCACCAUCCACUCGCCGCAUCUGACCGCCAGCAAAUGGUGGAUUGGCUCCUUGGGUCGCACAGCCAACUAUGCCGUCGUCAUGGCCCAGCUCAUCAUCGCCGGCAAAUCAUACGGUCCUGCACCAUUCUGCGUUCAGAUCCGUGAUUUGAAGACACAUGAGCCGCUCGAGAACAUUCACAUCGGAGACAUCGGUCCAAAAUUCGGCUACAAUACCAUGGACAACGGCUUCCUGUUGUUCAACCAUGUCAAGGUACCACACAUCAGUCAUUUGGCCCGCUACACGUUUGUAGACCCUUCAACGAACAAGUUUGGCCGCCGCGGCUCGCCAUCUCUCGUGUACGGCACACUCACCUGGGUUCGCUCGACUAUCGUUAUGCAAGCGGGCAGCGUGCUGGCCCGGGGUGUAACUAUCGCAACACGCUACUGUGCCGUGCGUCGUCAAUUCCAAGAUCGCGAUGCUCCGGCUGGCGAGGCUGAGACGCCUGUCCUUAACUACACCAUGGUACAGAUUCGACUACUUCCCCUUCUAGCUGCCACUUUCGCUCUCCAUUUCACCGGCAAGUCGAUGAUGGACAUGUACCAGGAGAACCAAAAGAAGAUUGCCCAGGGCAAUGCCAACAAGGACCCUAGCAAGCGAGGAGCAGGACCAGAAGAGGUGCAGUCGGGCAGCGAUAUGCUGGCAGAUCUGCAUGCUUCCUCUUGCGCCUUGAAGUCACUCAGCAGCUCCAUUGCAGCUGAGGGUCUUGAGGUUUGCCGACGCGCCUGCGGAGGUCACGGAUAUUCAAGCUUCAGUGGCAUUGGACCUUGGUACGCAGACUACCUCCCCACCACCACUUGGGAGGGCGACAACUACAUGCUCACACAACAAGUCGCACGAUAUCUCCUCAAGUCUGCCCGCUCGGUCCUGAAUGGCGAGAAGCCUACCAACGAUACCACCACCAUCCUCACCGACUUCCACAACCGACGCAACAUCGGUUGUGCCUUUGACAUCAUCGGCUCCGAUACUGAACUCGUCGCCGCCUUCGCAUGGCGCGUCUCCUUCCUCACGUUCGAAGCCUCCAAGCACCGCGACGAGCAGAAGAAGCCAUGGAACGACCUCCUCGUCGACUUCUAUCGCCUGAGCAAGGCACACGCACAAUACAUGGUCGUAAAGACCAACCUGUCAGCUCUGAAAACUAUUGAAAAGGAGGGCAAAGUCGACGCAACGACUCUGGACGUUCUCACCAAGCUAUUCCGCCUCUUCGCCCUGCACACGCUCGAGCAGGAAAGCUCCGAGUUCUACGCCUCAGGCGCCUGCUCCAAGCACCAGAUCUCGCUCGCGCGCACCAACACGGUCAUGAAGCUGCUCAAGGACAUCAGGCCGCAUGCCGUCCGCCUGGUGGAUGCCUGGGGCUUUGACGACUGGGUCCUCGAUAGCAGUCUGGGCCGCGAGGACGGCAAGGUCUACGAAGACAUGUUCUACCGAGCCAGCGAGCUGAAUCCUCUUAACAACAUCACUGUCGACCCGUAUCCGGAGAGCAGUGUCUUGUUCAAGAGGGUGGAGAAGAGUAAAUUGUAAAUAUAUAUAGAUAUACACCGGUUGUUACAAGAGUUAGAGUCUAGGGUUUAGACAUUAGACGUAGAGUUUACAUGUUAGAGUAAGAGUAAAGAGCGAAUUGCAUCAUAGUACCCCACCCAUUAUUUUUAUAU